CUUUUUAAAAAUGAAACAUCAAGCAAAAUAAAUUCUUUUCCCUUCAAAUCAGUCCCAAUACUAUGGCUUUGUACAAAAAAACAAUUUCCUCUCCAUCUUCAAACCCCCUCUUCUCAAUCAUCAUCACUCUUUACACUCUCAUUCUUCUCUACUUCCCCACCAAUUACCAAACAAUUCUUUUCUCUCCCGUUUUCCUUUCCACUUCACUUCUUUUACUUUCCCUUCUAAGACUUGGUCAAACUCAGAAAACCAACCAAGAGGAAAAUCACCAAGGAAAAGAAAAGAAACCCAAUUUAGAAGAAUUCAUUUCCACCCAAAAAUCAUCAUCACUGGUUUCGCGUGUUGACCCAAACCCGAAACCGGUUCCAUUUCAAGCUUCGGGUGAUCAUGAUUCCAAAUGGGAGUCACGCGAAUCCCAUGUGGACCCGAACACUGAACAAGGCGCGGAUUUUGACCCGAACCCGAAACCGGUUCCAUUUAUACUUUCGGGUGAUCAUGAUUACAAACGGGUGCCGCGCGAAUCCAGUGUGGACCUCAAAACCGAGCAAGACCCAGAUUUUGACCCGAAACUGAAUCCGUUUUACGCAGAAUCAUUCGUUGAAUGGAACGUGAGAGCUCCACUGCAGGUGAUUCACGAGGAGUUUGAAGAUGGGGAAUUCUAUUACCCGGAAACGGAUACGGGUACGGAAAGUUCGUCGGGCGGGGAUUCACCGGUUACCGGGAAUUGGGACUCGCCGGAGAAUUUGUGUUUCCGGUGGGAGGAAGAAGGUAAGGAAGGAUUGAUAGAGAUUGAAUUGGACGGGAAGAGGACUUGUGAAGCUGAAGAAGAGAAUUUGAUCGAGAUUGAUCUGACUCCGGCGAAUUUUCCGGCGAGAUGACUUGGCAACUCAUAGGACGAUGGUAUGAUGAUGUUUUAGAUACAAUUAACUUUGUUUAACCAUAGGCACCCUAUUGUUUUUUGUAAAAGAUUUAAAUUAUAUUCCUUGAUAAUGUAAAAAAAAAUUUGCACCAUAAAUUAUGGACUUAUUUACAAAAUGAAGAACGUGUUAUUUGUUACAAAUUUUCAGCCUUAAAAAGCCAGCUUAUCG